AUGGAAAAGUCAAUGACGGGAGAUGCAAGAAACAGGACAGCAGUCCAGGAAUUCACCCUGGAGGGCUUUCCAUCUGUCCAGCCCCUUGGGAAGGUUCUCUUCCUGGUGCAUCUGCUGGCGUACCUGGCCUCCAUCAUGGGAAACACACUCAUAAUCACCAUCACUUGGGCUGACCAUCGCCUCCAGACACCUAUGUAUUUCUUCCUCAGCAGUUUCUCCUUUUGUGAAUGCUGUUUCAUAACCACUGUUAUUCCUAAGUUGCUGGCCAUGUAUCUGUCAGGGAGGAAAUCAAUUUCCUUUGCUGCCUGCUUCACACAAGCCUUUGUCUUUCUUUUCGUGGGGACAACCAUUUUCUUCCUCAUGGCUGUAUUAUCCCUGGAUCGGUACCUGGCCAUUUGCAAACCUCUGUAUUACCUGACCGUCAUGAACCCAAGGAUGUGUUUCCUCCUGGUCAUUAUCUGCUUGGCUUUGGGAUUCUUCCUCAUGGUGGUUCCAGUUAUUUUGCUUUCCCAGUCAUCCUUCUGUGGCCCCCAUGUCAUCCCUCACUUCUUCUGUGAUUUUGGGCCCUUGACUAAGCUCUCCUGUUCUGAUACCAGAUCUAUUGAAAUGUUAGCCUUUGCCAUGGAUUCAUUUGUCCUUUUGACAUCACUUAUCAUAACCAUCAUUGCAUACAGCAACAUAGUAUUCUCAAUCGUGUGUCUCCCAUCAGCCAAAGAGCGACAGAAAGCUUUCUUCACCUGUUCAUCUCACCUCAUUGUCCUCUCUCUGAUGUACAGCAGCUGUAUUCUGAUAUAUAUGAAACCAAAGCAAACAACCUCGCUGGAUUCCAACAGAGAGGCUGCACUUAUGAACACAGUGGUGACCCCGCUGCUGAACCCUGUCGUCUAUACUCUGCGGAACAAGCAGGUUCACCAGGCUCUGAGGGAUGCUUUGUCCAGGAUUAGAUUGCAGAGAUAG